AUGGACCAAGAGCUGUGGCAUUCUGGUCUGAGAGUUCUGGUUAUCGACAACAACUCUUCAUACUUGUCAACUAUGGAAGAACUACUUAUGAAGUGCAGCUACAAGGUCACAACAUAUAAGAAUGUCAGAGAAGCAAUGUCCUUCAUCUAUGGCAACCUGCAAACAGUUGACCUCAUCAUUAGCGAUGUGUUCUUUCCAACUGAAGACGGUUUGCUCAUUUUGCAAGAAGUUACCUCGAAGUUUGACAUCCCUACCGUGAUAAUGUCUUCGAACGGAGAUACGAACACAGUGAUGAAGUACAUCACCAAUGGGGCUUCCGACUUCCUGAUAAAGCCUGUGAGAAUCGAAGAACUGAAGAACAUAUGGCAGCAUGUGUUCCGGAAGAAACUCAGGGAGCACAGGAAGAACAAUGAUGCCCAACACAUCGAUCAGCUGUUCUAUCCACCAACUGUAGCUCCUUCUACGUGUGCCGUUAGAACCACGGGUAUCACCGAAGCUACUACUACAAUGGAGAGUGAUAUAAGAGAGAUCAAUGGGAUGGUCACCGAUAUCCGGGAUCUCAGGAAGUCAAGGCUCAGCUGGACCGUGCAGCUGCACCACCAGUUCAUUGCGGCGGUGAAUUCCCUGGGAGCUGAUAAGGCAGUUCCAAAGAAGAUAUUGGAGAUGAUGAAGGUUAAACAUUUGACAAGAGAGCAAGUUGCAAGCCACCUGCAGAAAUACAGGCUUCAUCUGAGAAAAUCAACUCAAACAUUGCGCAAAUAUGAUCCUACUUCAUCUUCAAGUCAUCCCAAUAAAUCAAACAUUCUUAAAACCCAACUCAACCGUUCUUCGAAUUCAAUGUAUUUCGAUCAAGAUGGAUGCAUGGAGAUCACAGACUACUCUUUGCCCAAGGAUGACCUAUCAAGUGGCUUGGAUUGUAUGCUGGGAGAACGAAGCAACUACUCACCUGAAGGUUUUCAGGAUUUCAGAUGGGAUUCAGAUAAACAGCCAUCUGAAACAGAUUUAUGGAAUUUCGAGGCAGAGUGACUCUAUCACUAACAGCAUGCAUGUCACGAAGUGUAAGUAAUUAAGUAUAUGCCCCAGUUAAUAUGUCGUGUGCUGAAUAAGAGUCUGUGUAGAGUAGUACCUUUGAUCUCCCCAGAAGUAUGUAUUGACUACUUGUAUCAUAAUUUCAUAUUAAUUGGCAAUAUAAGACUGGUUUGAAGCUCC